CUAAUCGAAGGGGGGAGGAAUGUCCAUUGUAGCCCUUCGUCUUCAUCGGGUAUCAGGGAGUGACGGAGGAAUCCUCUAACGAUCGGCGCCUCUCCCUCCAAACUUCGCUUCUGUUCUCUCCCUCUCUCUCUUUCUUUCUUCCAUAGGUUUUCUCCCUUUUCUUUUUUUUUUUGUUCUCUUCUUCUUCUUCUAGUCUGUGGGUUUUCUCCCCUGUUUUCCUUGUUCCUUCAUUUCUCGUUUGUUUUCCGUCGCCUCCACUCGUUGAACUAGUAUGACGAAGCGUUUCACGUCCGGUUAUCGGUCAUCUCACCUCUACCUUCAUCACCAUGUCACUCAUUAGUGCCGUUGAUUGAUGCCUCCCUGGUUCUCAAUCUCCCUUGUUUGAAAGCUGUUCACCAGAAACCUGUCGCUAGAACUUGGAAGGUUGAAACUCAGUUGAAGUAGCCCCAUAUGAUCCUGUUCGAUUGAGCUUGACAUCAACAAUUGUCGUUUGCCUCGAAAAUCGGUUCAAACAUCGUUGGUGUCUCUGUGCAGAUCAUCAUCACUUCUCUCAUUCUGUGAUUACGGAUGGACCAGGGAUUCUUGUUUUGUGCCGAUGCAAGAAUUCUUGCUGAAAUAACAACCAGUUUAAAGUUCUUAUCAUUUAUGGGUGAAUCAUUUACAAUUCAAAUAAGCUCCAACCUAGUCAGUCGGCUUUCUGAGGAUGGAGGGAAGUCAAAGAAGAAAACAAAGAAACCUAAACCAAAGACACAUGCCCCUCAGCAGUCACAGAAUAGGGCACAUGAGAAACAAAUUUCUGAUGGUUUUGAUAAGCACAAGGGCACUGCUACUCCAGGAUGGCCACUCCAGCCCCCUAUCUUCUUGCCAGUAACUCCACCACCAACUGUUGCCAAUGCAGAGUUAGAUGCAAUUCGAUCCAUACUCCAAGAGAGUCAGAGUGUGUUGGAGAGGUUGCAGAAGCAGGAGGAGAACAUGGUGCAGGAAGUAACACAGAGAGCCAAGGAGCUGCGUGACAAGGAAUUCAAGCUUCCCUAUCAGAAGCCCAUGCCUUGUCUAGCAGAGAAAGAUGCUUGCUUGGAGUGUUACAAGGAGAAUACCAAGGAUCCACUAAAAUGUGCUGAUGUGGUGAAAACUUUUGCUGAUUGUGCUCGCAGAGUUAGGCAGCAGGUGAGCUCACCACUGGGUUGAUUAGUGGACCUUAAAUUGGGUAGAAACUAUGAAUAUUUGCUUCCCUGAAUGCAACUGAAUUACCGAUUAUAAUGGUACUGAGACUUUUGUCAUGAGAAUAAGGCAAUUUCUUCCCAUUUUUGGGUUUGAUGAUGUAUUUCACAUAUUAUCCUUGAAACGGGCAUCACGAUUUUGACUUAUGAGAAGUAAUAUUCUAGACUUGUAUUUUCGUGGUUACU